UAUAAUCCUGUUUGGUAGAAGAAGCAGAAGAAGAAGAAGAAGAAGAAGAAGUAGAAGAAGUAGAAGAAGCAAGAAGAAGAAGAAGAAGAAGAAGAAGAGCAACAACAAUAAAAAAGAAAAAAAGAAAAGAAAAGAAUAAAAAGUCCGCUAGGAAUCGAAUGAUAGGAAAGGAAGAGCAAUGGCUAACUGUAAAUGUAUCCAGCUUGAGAAGAAUUCUCGAUGAAGGUAAAACGGGGAGAUGAAGAAAAUAAUAAAAAAGAAAAAUGGCGAUGGCCAGACGGACGAAGUAACUAAUAAUGAGGUCGACGUAAAAUAAGAAAAAAGAAAAAAAAGCAAAACAAAACAGACGACAAAAAACCAAAAAGAAAAGCAUUUAGGAAAUAAAAAAAAAAAAAAAAAAAAAAGAAGAAGAAAAAGAAGCAAGAUAAGAGUCCGAGCAAACAGUGAUACCCAAGUAGCUCGUAACUCAACAAAAUAUUUCUCAUUCCUUGUGGAAGUUUCUUGUGGUAUGUAUAUACAUUGGCUUGGUAUGAAGCAAGAGCGCGGGAAAUAUUCUGAUGUCACCAAGGAAGGAUAAUUAUUCCGUCUCACGUCCUGUCUUUCUCCCUCCUCUCUCUCAUACACUCCCUCUCUCUUUCUGUUUGCCCCUCCUUCCGACCGAUAGGAUAGUAACGAGUGUAUGAAAGAAAGAGAGAGAGAGAGAGAGAGAGAGAGAGAGAGAAAGAGCAGAAAGAAAUAGAGGAAGAAGCAGCACGCGACAUGGUCUCGAAGGUGGAACAACUGUGUUGGAGGACGCGAGAAGAGAUAUGGCCUCACACACACACGUAUACAUAGUCACAUAUGUACACAUUCGAGUAUGCUACAAACGAUUGAAAGAGGGGAGAAGCUAUAGAGAGUGUGUGCAACUUCGAAAUAUCUUUACUCGUGCUUCGAAAGACCUACCGUCCUGAUACUCUGUGUCAAGUAUCAUCGUAUACGUGCGUGUAUGCGUGUAUUCACUAACACACACUAAUAAUAGGAACGAACGCAACGUCGAAUAGAGAUACACGAGUAGUAACGCGUGCGGUCACGAGUGCAUUUCUUCCUUCUUUCCCUCCCCCUCCCCCACCCUCUAUCUAUCUCUCUCUCUCUCUCUCUCUUAUUCUUUUUAUUUCGCUCGUUUACUGAAAUUCGCAUCUUCCUUCCUUUCCUUCCAUCCUUUCUUCUUCCGAUGUCGUCGUUGUCGUCGUCGUCGUCGUCUUCGUAGUUGUCGUCGUCAUCAUCGUUGUAGUUGUCGUCGAAUGACUCGCUUAACGAACAACCUGCUUCUCGGUGAACUCGAAGAAUCUUCGAUGAAGAAAAAGAAUUUAUAGAGACGUUUGACGGAUUCGUUUAUCGCCUUACGAAGAUCGUUCUCUUGUUUUCGGUUUUAAACUGAACUGAGAAGAUAAGAUAAAAGAUGGAGAAAAAAGGAAUAGAGGGAUGAUGAUGAUGAUGAUGAUGAUGAUGAUGAUGAUGAUGAUGAUGAUGAUGAUGGCCAAAUUAGAUUCGUUCCUCUUUACGUCCAUCUUUUACGUAUUCGUCUUCGCAAACUCUUUGAGUUUCACGAUUCUUGAAAGCGAGGCUACGAACGAAGUAACUCGGGGAAGAUGCUGUGUCCUAGAAUCGUGGAAAAAGGAAGAAAGGGAAUGGAGGGAAACGAGGUGUGCCAAUUUAAUCGACGACGAUGCAAAUCGCACCCUUCUUCCGUUUAUCGAAGAUCAAAUCACGGGACCUUCCGAACGAGUCGCAACGAGCACGGAAUACGUAGGACGGAUGUCCACGCACGAUCGCGCACAGUCCUACGAAAUCACCCAAGUACGAAUGCAGUCACGCGUGUGCGUCUAUGCGAACACAAAGAAAAUACGUAUGACGAAGAGAAUAUUGAGAGCGGGGACAACCGAUGCCGAUUGGUAUAAAGUCUGCUCGCUCGGUCCUUCUUACCACGCAGUCUUCGGGGCAGCAACCAGCACAAACGUCCAGACUCCAAUUACCAUGGAUUUCAAAACUCUUGGGUUUUUUAUGACUCUUCUGGCAGCCUGUCACGGAGGCAUUCUGCCUGCAGCAACUACAGCAGUGGGACUUGCUGCUGCACCAGCCGCGGUUCUUCGAACAGAAAAUUACGAUCCCAAUCCUCAAUAUAGUUUCAGCUACAGCGUCGCCGAUGGACUUACCGGUGAUAACAAGGCUCAAGAAGAAACACGGAGUGGCGACGUCGUCCAGGGUAGUUACAGUCUGAUCGAACCAGAUGGUUCUCGACGAAUUGUCUCAUAUGCCGCUGAUCCAAUCAAUGGAUUCAAUGCAGUCGUACAGAAGGAUCCUAGCGUAACUGUAACGAAAACCGCCGUAGCUGCACCAGUUGCACCGGUCGCUGCUGUAGCCGCUGCACGACCUGCCGUGGCAGUCGCAGCACCCCAACUUCUUGCUCGUCCUGGACCAGUCCUUGCAGCUGCAGCAGCACCAACCGCGGUAGCCCUUCGUCCUCAGAUUGCUCUUGGUGCACCCUUGCUUCGAUCAUCUCUGGUUGCUAGCUCUGGCCUGGCAGCGCCUAAUUUACUGACCACGAAUCUUGGACUUGGACUUGGAAUCAGGGCAGGAUCGCUCUACGGUACGCAAGCUCUUCUAGCGGGUACUUACGGAGCCGGUGGCAUCGUGAAGGUUCAUUAAACCAGAUAGCUCCUCGUUCGGCUCGGCUUAGCUCGAUGACACGACCAUGUCUCACUCCCAUUCGCAUUUUGUUGUUGUUAUUAUAUCGUUCGCUCUUUGUGUCUUUAUUCGCGACGCGAUCCCAUAAGAAUUUCUCUCUUUUCCUUCUUUCUCUCCGACAAAGACUCAAAAACUUCUAUAUCAAUUGUAUUUUACAUAUUUACAUAUUACGAUCAUCGAUUACUCGUAAGACAACUAGCCACCACAGAGCACAGUUGUUUUCGCGUCUCGUUAACCAUUCAUCAUCAUCAACAGCACAACUUUUCUAUCGAUCAUAAGAUUUCUCGAUUCACGCAAGACCCAUUGGAAUCACAUCGAGUCUUUACUUCGACCUAAUCUCUCAGCCUAUCGUUCAUCGUAAUAAUCUUGAUAAAUCCUCGUAGGAUUAAAUUCCGACGAUCUAUUUAAGAUCUCCUCUUAUCAUCGAAAAAGGAUUCUCAAUGGAAUUGUGUAUCAUUGUUUGCUUUUUUUUUUUCUCUCUUUUUCUUUGUGUUUCGUUCGUUUCUUAUUUCUUUUAAACGUAAGUGCUUGAAGGAAGUAAACGGUGAAAGUGAUCAUGGCCGAAGGAUCGAGAGAUGAAAAGAUUUUGAUGUUCGGUAAUAGCAUUCGAUCGAUCAAUAUGGAUCCUUGAAAUUUACAAAAUCGAGCGUCGUACCGAAGGAGGAGAAGGAAAAGGAUCUAUUGGAUUUGUCGCACGUAUUUACUAUAAAUACAGGAGCAUUAAAUAUAUACAUAUAUAUAUAUACACGUACGUACAUAUACGUAACAUAUAUAUAUAUAUAUAUGUAUAUUACAUGUAUAUAUAUUACAUAUAUAUAUAUCAUGUAUAUGUAUACAUAUAUAUAUGUAUAUAUAUGAACGUAUCAGGCGAUAUGAAUCUUUGGAUAUCCGACAUUCUGUGACACGUAACGUUUGCGCCUCGACGAGUAGCUUUCUUUCUGCGUUUAUCGGCUCUUCGAAAGUUUACCAGGGAGAUCGAGAGAGUUCCAUGUCGAAUCAGCCGAAUUUAAUAUCUAUCUUUUUUGCAUUAUUCCGUCAUCGGUCGUCCAAACACCAACCACUACUACUACUACUACUACUACUACUACUACCACCAUCACCACCACCACCACCACCACCACCACCACUAUUACCACCCCAUUUAUCGUUUUGCACAUGUCCUUCCUAUAUUUUUUGUUUUAAUCAAUUUUUGUUUGUUCGUUUGUUUAUGCUCAUUCUUGCAUUAUUUACUUCCUGUGUGUGUCUUAUUUUUUUCUCUUUUCUCGUUCGUCGUUUCUUGCUUCUCUCGAUACACGAUUUAUCUCGUGAAACAUUGAAAGCCGUGAUCAUAAAUAUGUGUUCCUAACUCCGAUCUUGAUUGUCUAAGUUAAAAUUUUAUUAAAUUUUUCUAAUUAUUAUUCAAUUGACCUACGGUCCUCACACCGCCCCACCCAACCCACUUCCCCCUCGGCCUUCUCAAACACCACUAUCAAUACGACUUAACAUAUACUUGUAAUAAUCCUCAUUCUUUUAAGCAUAAGUAAGCCGUUUAAUGUACCACGGCACAUACCGCGGCACGGAUUAUAUAUAUAUAUAUAUCAGUUGUGUGAACCUUGAAAUAAAAAGAUAAGUUUUCACGCUAA